UACAUACACGUAUAAAUAAAAUUGAAGUAGGUAUGCCUUUAAACUUUUUUAACUGUUAUUAUUAUUGAUAGUAUAGUCUUGGGGAUUUUUUUUUUCGGAUUACCAUAAUUAAAUUGUAUGGCGUACUAGAGUACUAGUUUUGUUGUCCUAUAGCAGGGGUGGCCACAACGAGGGUCACAAGCCGCUGAGGCUCUUGAACCAAGCUUAGAUUAAAAUUAAUAAAUAUACAAUUCGUUAGUGUUUUGAUUGCGGUCGGUUUCGUUAUCAAUUACAGUCGUUAUUAUAGAUUGGCACCAAUUGAGUUCAUUAAAUCUAAAUAUCGAUCUGAACUAACCUAUGAACAUUUUAGUAAAUUUGUGCGAACCGCGUUUAAAAAUGAUCAGCCAGAUUUCAAGACUUGCAGAAAAAAUGAACACUCGAAAAAGCACUUAUCAUAAGUAAAACAACGAUAGUAUUAUUAAUAAUAAUGUCAAUAAUAGUAAUGUUUUGUGUAGUGUAAGAAAUAAAUGUUCCUUCAUUUGAUUUAAAAUGAAAAAUGUUUCUUUAUUUUAUGAACAUCGCUUUACAAUGUGGCUCGCCUUGAAUUAGUUUUAUAAAUUUGCGGCUCCCAAAAUUAAAGUUACUGGCCACCUGGAAAUAACCCCUGUCCUAUAGAGAAUAAAAAUAUCGGUAAAUCAUUUUCAUCCAUGACGAAACAACCUCAUUUCGUCAUGAGCGAAUCUAAAUCCGUAUUAAUACCAAACUAAGUUACAUCCAAGGUGGUUAGGAGGUUACAUCUAAUAAAAAUAAUAAUAAUCUAUGGUACAUCUGUAAUCUUACCUAUAGUUUUCAUUUUAUCUCCUGGACACACUGUAAUCUACUUUUUUCGUUGUUUUGUUUACAUUUUGUCUUGUAUUUUGUUUUAUCACAAAAUUAAUUAAAUUCUUAAAUGUUAUGAAAAUAAAUAAUUUAAUUUAACAAUAUUUUUUCUAUGACAGUGGUGCAGUUCUUUAAGAAAACCAUAAAAAUGAGUAAACCCUACAGAUCGUCCAAAGAAAAAGAUCCAGUAGUAUUGAGCUACGAGAACUUUCUUCUUCACCAAUCUGAUAUAAGUUUACUAAUCGACGAUCAAUGGCUUAAUGAUUCUGUGAUUGGCUUCUACAUGGAAUACUUAAAUAACGAUGUGUUUAAGAACAGUUCUAAAGUAUAUUUUAUCAGUCCGGAAAUAGUUCAAUGUAUUAAGGAAUGCAAUGUAGAUGAUAUAGCUGUUUUUCUUGAUCCACUUGUCAAAGACAAAUCUUAUUCUUACAUUUUUUUCCCGCUGAAUGAUCAGGAACAACUGCAAUCAGUUGGUGGUACACACUGGUCGUUAGUGGUUUAUGGGACAAAACAUAGGCGUCUUUUCCAUAUGGACUCUAUAUGGGAUUCUAAUGAAAAACAAGCAAGAAAGUUAGCAUUAAAGCUGAAAUUUUAUUUCAAAGAUAUUAUAGAUAUUAUUACGCCAUUACCAACCAGACAACAGCAAAACAGUUAUGACUGUGGGAUACAUCUGAUGUGCAACGCAGAAAAUGUUGCUCGGUAUGUAUGUGCAAAUUCAGAUAUUCGUGAUGUAGAUCCAGUUGAUAUGGAAGAUCUUGAAAAUAAACGUACCGAUUUAGUUGGUCUGAUUUAUAAAUUAGCAGGAAAAGAAAUCUCUUCAUAAAACAUGUGAAAAUAUUGUUAAUAAUUUUUUUUUUUGUUCCUAAAUCAUAUUUUAAUCCAACACUUUUCUCAAAUUAAUAGCACAGUAAAUAUAAUAUAAUUUUAUUGUUAUGUUGAAACUAACAAAAUAGCUGAACCGUAUUUUAAUCAAACUAUAUAUUCAUUGUAACAUGUAUUAUGAUUAUCGAUAAAUUAUAAUGUUGACACCAUAGGCACAACUUGACCACCAACCUUAGAAGUGCUAAAAUUAUACACAUCACAGACCAAUAAAGGUAAUACCCCCACACCAUAAUUAUAAGCAACUACACAUUUUAUUUACAAUUUUCUAUAUGAAAUCAUUUCAUAACUUUAUUUUUUAUACACACACAUUAUAUGUAGGUUUAAUUUGUAUUUUGUUUUGCUUAUUAAUUAUGAAAUACAUGAAUAAAUUAAUAAAAUAUUUAGUCUAUACAAUAAAACAACUAAUUAGGUAUUUUUGGGGAUGCUAAAGACCCUCAAGUGAUCCCCGUGUUGCGCCUAUGGUUGACACCUAAUAUUUUAUGAAAGAAUCUUAAAUUCUCAUAAAUAGCACUGAACAUUUCUUUGUUGAUUAUUUAUUACCUUAUACGAAUUAAAGUAUGUAAUUAUAGUUUUUAUCAGUAAAAAAAAAAAUUUCAUAAUGGCAGUUAUAUUUUAGAUUCUGAAUGGAGUGACAUCUGUUAGCAAAAAAACAAUCUAAAGGCAUAUUUUGAUUAACUAUCUCAGUCCAAUGGGCAACACACAAAUUAUGUAACUUAGAAUUAAAACUGUAGUUUUUAGGUUGUGAUUAAAGUUUAAAACAAUACUAAAAUAUAUUGUCAAUCAUAAGAGUUACAUCUAAGUUAGUUUUUACUUGUUUUAAAUAGCUGUAGAUUAAAUAAUUGAGUAUAACUACCUGAUCAGGUAAAUUUAAUGCCUAACAUCUAUCUUAAAUAAAAUAAUCU